GCCACACACACACACCCCCACACUCUCACACUCACGCUCACAGCCACACACACACACACCCACACACUCGCAGCCCCAGCCUGAGAGGACAGUGGGGAUGGACAGGGGUGUGUGUUUCAGCGUGGACGUGACUGCCCCCCCUCCCGUGGCCCCGCCCCGCAGGCGUUCCGCGCGGGACUCCACGGCCUUCGAGACGCGCCGCCUGUUCCGCAAGUCUUACAUGGAGGCGCUGCAGAACCCCAUGAGCCUGGGCUCUAGCUCCGAGUCCGUCCUGGACGAGGGUCACGACCCCCACGACACCCCCGACACCCCCGACACCCCCCCCGCCGGCAGCCCUCCCCUCCGCCUGCCGUUGUCACGGAGACUGUGCGGGCGCGGUUGGCUGGGGGGGGAGGAGGGGCGUCCCAUCUCACCCCUGUUGCGGGGUCUGUGGGGUCAUCAGGACCAUCAGGACCAGCAUCAGGACCAGCGCCCGCACAGUCUCCGUGGCAACCAGGACCACCAGAACCAGAACCAGGACCAUCAGGACCAUCAGGACCAGCGCCCGCGCUCCAAAUCCCUGGAGAGGACGGGGGGUCGGGCCGCACCGGUCCGAGGGUACCGCACUCGCUCCGCCUCUGGAGGUGCCGCCAGCUUCUCCCCGCGCAGGCUUGUCAACGGACACACACCACACACACCACACACGCCACACACAGCACACACACAUACACCCUGCCCCGGGACGCCCACCAGCGAGAGGAGGAGCAGUCUGAGGGAGGAAUCAGGAGCCAAUGAGAGCCCUUUCCACUCAGGUUACCAUAGAAACAGCCUCAGCAGUGAUGACUGCCACCCCGGCCAGGUGUCUCCGCCAGCACACAGGCCCCACCCACCAACACACAGGCUCCACCCACCAGCACACAGGCUCCACCCACCCAAGCUGUCAGACAUCAACAGAUACCUGCUCACCUCAGGAGCGGUCACCCUACCAGGUAACCGAGAGCGUGGGGGUCGUCUGGUGUUGCAGGUGUGUAUGAGGAGCUCUGUGUGGGCGGACGGCUGCUGCUCCCCUCAGCAGCUCACCUGUCUGGUGACCUACCUGUGCUCCACCCUCAGGAAGGAGAAGAGAGUACAGGGUCUUGUGGUUCUUGUUGACGGACGGCGUCUUCAGACUCUCUCCCCCCACAUGGCAACACUCCUCAGCGCCCUGUCUGCCAUACAGGCAUCUCUUUCGCUGCUGCUGCUGGUGGAUAAGGAGUGUGUGUACAGGCCCGAGAGGGAACUCAGUGCCCCGUGUGAAAUCCUCACCUCCCUGAAGUCCCUUCAGAAGCAUAUCGACCAAUCGCAGCUCACCCCGGAUCUGGAGGGAACCUUCCCCUACGACCACAACCACUACAUCCACUUCAGAGAGAAGAUCGAGCCGUUUGCCAACAGCUGUAGUCUAGCAGUGGCCUCCCUACAGACCUCCAUCUCCUCUCUCAACAACACAGGCAAUCUGGACACAACACAGGAGGUUAUGGAGGUGAUUGCGGAGCGGCAGCGUUUGAUGAAGUGUGUGUUGGACGACUCGCGACUGAACAGACUCCGCCUGGAAGGAGGAACCUUUCUGGCCAGGAUCCGUAAGGAGGAACUCUGUGAUAACGACAACUACAGGGAUGCAGUGGACAUGGUGAGUGCUCUCUAUAACCUGGUGGAUGAGGAGGUACACAGGCUGGUGAUCCAGUCCAACAGCUCCCUACAGCACUUACAGGAGGUGCUGCAGCUAUGCAGGUUUCAGGAGGCUACUGCACAGGUUAAGCAGUGGUUCAUUGAGGAGGGGGCGGGACUCUUGGCUCCUCUGGACUCCUUCAUCUUCUCCUCUUCAUCCAUCACUCAGCUGAGGCGGAGUCUGGACCUCUUCAUGGACCAAUCAGAUCUGCAGCAGAAACAGGCUCUGCUUCUUGUCCAAUCAUCUGAGGGCUGUCCUAGCCCCGCCCUCAUGGACUUCAAACACUUCCUCGGUGCCAUGGCAACCCGCAGUGAGCGCCGCAAGGCCGACCUGGAGACCCUGCAGAACCUCUACGAGUUCUAUGACUCGGCGGUGAGUUGGUCGGCCCGCUGUGAGGACCGCCUGCAGCAGGUGCGGGGGGGGGCGUGUGGGAGUGGGUGUGGGGGGGGCGUGCUGCGGGAGCUGGAGGAGCUGCGCGAAGAGGCGCGAAGGUUCUCCCAUGAGAGCUGCAGCAGACUGACGGAGGUGGUGGAGGGCCUCGGGGCGGAGCGCGAGCGGGAGAGGUGGAGCGCCCUCUGGAGGCGAUGCCAGUUAACACACAUACAGCUGGAGGACGCCCUCACACACACCACCACAGCACCCCUCGAUGGAGAGCGGAGGGAUAGCAGCCUGGCCCUCUCACACUCCUCACUGCCCCCCGAUGGUGACCAGAGGGAUAGCAGCCUGGCCCUCACACACUCCUCACGGCCCCCUGAUGGUGACCAGAGGGAUAGCAGCCUGGCCCUCACACACUCCUCACGGCCCCCUGAUGGUGACCAGAGGGAUAGCAGCCUGGCCCUCACACACUCCUCACGGCCCCCUGAUGGUGACCAGAGGGAUAGCAGCCUGGCCCUCACACACUCCUCACGGCCCCCUGAUGGUGACCAGAGGGAUAGCAGCCUGGCGGAGCCCACGCUGGAAGGGCAGUCCCCCCCUCAGCACUCCCCCCUGGGGGCGUCGCCGGAGCGGACACCCUCCUUCAUGUUCAGUGAGGGGAGGGCCUUCUCCAAACCACACCCAGUCUCCUCAGACUCCACCUCUUCCUCCCCUAGCCACUCCCACUCCCCCUUCCCCCUGGAGAGCGAGCGCGUGGCUGACGGCAGCGUGUCGCUCUUUGAUGACACGGACAGGCGGGUGGCUGACGGCGGCGUGUCGCUCUUUGAUGACACGGACAGGCGGGUGGCUGACGGCGGCGUGUCGCUCUUUGAUGACACGGACAGGCGGGUGGCUGACGGCGGCGUGUCGCUCUUUGAUGACACGGACAGGCGGGUGGCUGACGGCGGCGUGUCGCUCUUUGAUGACACGGACAGGCGGGUGGCUGACGGCAGCGUGCCGCUCUUUGAUGACACGGACAGGCGGGUGGCUGACGGCAGCGUGUCGCUCUUUGAUGACACGGACAGGCGGGUGGCUGACGGCAGCGUGUCGCUCUUUGAUGACACGGACAGCGACUGCACGGUGGACUCCUCCUUCUCGAGCCGCUCGGAGCCUGUGCGCUCCCCCGCCGCGCGCCACCGCAAGCCGCCGCUGAGGAAGAUGAUGAAGAAGACGAGCAGCUACGAGACGCCGCCGGCCCUGAGGGAGGGGUGUGUGAGCAGGGGGCGGGGCUACACGGGCGUGCACAUCCGCGGGCUGGAGGUGGCCAACAGUGUGUGUGGGGAGAAGAGCCCCGCCCUCACGCGCUCACAGAGCCUCUUGGCCCCCGCCACACACACACACACACACUCACACACACACACACACCUGGACACGGACACCAAGACACACAACAGCGGUAAGAUCCAGCACAUCCUGGACGAGAUGGUGUGUACGGAGCGUGAGUAUGUGCGCUCGCUCAGCUACGUCAUCCAGCACUACUUCCCCGAGAUGGAGCGGCCCGACCUGCCCCAGGACCUGCGGGGCAAACGCAGCGUCGUCUUCGGCAACCUGGAGAAGCUCUGGGCCUUCCACACACACCACUUCCUCAAGGAGCUCGAGGAGAGCGCACACACACCGCUCACAGUCAGCCAGUGCUUCCUGAGUCACGAGGAUCAGUUUGGCCUGUAUGCCCUCUACAGCAAGAACAAGCCCAGAUCAGAUGCCCUCCUCUCCAGCCAUGGAAACAGCUUCUUCAAGAAUAAGCAGCUGGAGCUGGGCGAGCGCCUGGACGUGGCGUCCUACCUGCUGAAGCCCAUCCAGCGCAUGAGUAAGUACGCGCUGCUGCUCAAGGACCUGAUCAAGCAGUGUGGCCCCGCCCACGAGCAGGAGCUCCACGACCUCCGCAACGCCCACGACAUGGUGACCUUCCAGCUGCGUCACGGCAACGACCUGCUCGCCAUGGACGCCAUCAGAGGAUGUGAUGUGAACCUUAAGGAGCAGGGUCAGCUGCGGUGCCAGGAUGAGUUCAUGGUGUGGUGCGGCCGGCGUAAGUACCUGCGGCACGUCUUCCUCUUCGAAGACCUCAUCCUCUUCAGCAAGACCAAGAAGAUUGAGGGAGGAUACGACAUCUACAUCUACAAACAGUCUUUCAAGACGGCGGAGAUCGGGAUGACGGAGAAUGUUGGCGAGAGCGGCCUGCGCUUUGAGAUCUGGUUUCGCCGCAGGAAGUCCCAGGACACCUUCAUCCUGCAGGCGGGGUCACCGGAGGUCAAAGCCACCUGGACCGGCAUCAUCGGCAAGAUCCUCUGGAGACAGGCGCUACGCAACAGAGAGCUGCGCAUGCAGGAGAUGGUUUCCAUGGGGAUCGGAAACAAGCCCUUCGUGGACAUCAAACCCAGCGAAGCAGCCAUCAGCGACCGCGCCGUAGACUACACUAUGAAGAGCUCAGAGUCCAGGACGCGUGCGUCCAUGGCUGCGUUUGACCACAGCGCCCCCUUCAAGAGACCUCACUCCACCAUCUCCACCUCGUCCAUCUCCACGUCCUCCACCUCCUCCUCCAGCGGCCAGUCGUCCUCCUCUCUCCUGGGGCCCCUAAACCUGCACCUGUACCCCUCCCUGGGGCCCCACCCGCACCACCCGCACCACCCGCACCACCCGCACCACCCCCCACACACGCCCCUGCCGGGUGGCCCCCCCCCUGGGUUCUCGUGGCCCUACGACUGCAUAGAGGAGGACGACCUGGAGCAGGACUCUGCCAGCCAACCCUCCGUCAAGACCUCAUCCUCCUCUCAGUGUACCUCUACGGACAGCAUCAGUGGCUCUGUCACCAUCUCCGCCCACUCCACCGUCGUCAUGGAGACCUCACCUGAUGAUCCGCCCUCUUCCACACAUGUCUCCUCCCACUCUGCACCUCAGACUCCGCCCCUCUAUCACAAAGAAGCAGAGCUCCAGCACACAAACAGCACCUUCAUUACUGCAUUGUGAGACUUGGACACUGCACUGGAGUUCUGCACAUCACGCACAGGAUCCUGAAUCAUGAUUGGAUGAGAUGAAGACAGCUGGCCUAUCAGAUCAUUGGGACUGAGACGUGUGGCGUGACAUCAUUCAGAGACUCAUCACGCCCCCUUAUCAUAGCACCUGACACAUCUAGCGUACACACACACACACACACACACUCACGCACGCACGCACAUGCACACACAUGCACGCACACACACACACACACACAGACACACACACCUGUAUGUACGUAAACCACUCACUCAUGGGCAUUCUGGGCUUGCACACACACACAUACACACACCAACACACACACGCACACACACAUACACAUACACACACGUAUAUCCUAUUUCUGUCAAUGCAGAGCUGGCAGAAGAACUGGGACUGUAUGAACUUUGUGUGUGUUUGUGUGUGUGUGUGUGUGUGUGUGUGUGUGACAUUACUCUGUGUGUGUGACAUUACUGUGUGUGUGUGUGUGUUAUGCUGUUACUGUAGUUUGUAUGGACACCUGGCAGUGUAUUAGUAUAUUGGCACAUUUUUGAGGACAAACCCGAUGUGUGUGAAGAUUUGUUGUAAAGAGACUUUUGUUUAUAUAACACUCCCCAGAGAUUAUGAGAUAUUAGGCUGAUAUUAUGCCUGUGUGUCUGUAUGUUUGUGUGUGUGUGUGUGUGUGCUGAUAUUAUGACUGUGUGUGUCUGCUCUGUAACAAAGACAACAUGGCGUGAAGUACUGAAAUAGAAAUGGUUCCGUUUUAGUACUUUGAAAUAAAAGGCAUUUAUUACACA